CUCCCCAAGUCACCUCCGACGACAUUCCAGGUAGCCUCCAGGAGUUCAAUGAGCUUGUCUUCGGCGACCACGCGAGCUUCGGAAAAAGGACCCCCAGUGUGUACCAACGCAGGGCUUGACGACAUGUCUUCUGUUUUUGAGCCCAACACCGCUGUCCAGGAGAUUCGACAAGGAUCGGUGGGCUUCGCCAGAGCAGGAGCACGUGUCCGCCUCUGGAGAGGUCGAUCUACAGCAUGUCCAAGACUGAUCACGGGGCUGCUGAUACCACAUCGAGCCUACUCUGCAACGAUCAAACUGAAUCGAACGAUGGCCUUAUGAC